AUGAGUGAUUCAGAAUCCUCAAGAGAUUCUAUCGACGACUUCUCCUUUACUUUGCCUGACAAGUGCAGAUCGGGGCGUGAUCUCAUGAGCAAGUUAAUAUUAGAUGAGAAACGUGUCAAUAAUAUCCUUGUCAAUGAAAUGAUUGGUCAACAUGCUGUCGAUCAAUACGUGUCAAGGCCGAUCGACUGGAGGAACUUCUCGGAGUCCAAUGUCCUUUACAUCGCCUCAUCUGCACGACAGGACAAGCUUCUGCCUCCUGUUCUUGUGAAAGUCCUGUACACAGCGAAUAUGGCAUCCUACCGUCGCUUGAUUUAUUACGGUUUAUCUAUAAUUGAGCGAUACUCGGCACCACCAGUUGUACUCGUUAUCGUCAUUCAUAACACCACUACACAGUUGGCCGAUCUUGCUGCCAUAUCGGAGAAGCAACCCUAUCUUUUGGAGCUACCUUGCGACGGUUGGGCAAAGUCGUGCAACAUACUCAACGCGUCUUCCAUUUCUGAUCAUUUACAACACACUCCUUUGAAUCCUCUUGUCGCGCUUGGCCAUUUCUUAAUCCGACAAAAACCAUUGCUACGGGAUAUUGAUCGAAACGACGAUAUCACCAUUCAACAACUUUAUAAUAUCGCGAAAGAAAUAUUCGGUAAUGAUUUGCAAACCGCAUCAAACACGACGGAUGUUCUACGACAAAUUUAUGAUCAGUGCAGCAGGGCAAGAACGGCUCUGUGCGAGGAUGUUUCCGAUGUUUCCUUAAGAAAGCGGACGAUCGAUUGCUUAGACCAAAUUCUAAUUAUCAUCAACGACCAGCAGGAGCCAUCAGCAACUGCAUUGCCAAACAACACAAAUAAUUCUAGGACUAAGGACUGGCAGUUUGUUGAAAAGUGUCUCAAUGAUCACGGCUCCUGCAACUGGGAGAGCAUCUUUCAACUGGGAAAAACAAAAGGGUUAUUUAAAAGCUAUGCAAAAUGGACGAGCGCCAAGUCGGCGUAUUAUCGACAAAAAAAACAGAAGCAAUAG